AUUUUCUCUUUACCUUCAUAGAAUCAUCAUGAAACUGGUCAUCAUCUUGGCGUUAGUGGCGAUAGCUCUGGCCCGUCCUGACGACGGUUUCUAUGACAAGAAAUACGACAAUUUCAAUGCUGAUGAGCUCAUUGAAAACGAUCGUUUAUUGAAAUCGUACGCCCACUGCUUCCUCGAAGACGGCAAGUGCACUCCCGAAGGAAACGAUUUUAAGAAAUGGAUCCCUGAAGCUACAACAACAUCUUGUGGUAAGUGCACAGAUAAACAAAAGGUUCUCGUUGCGAAGACUAUAAAAGCAAUCAAGGAGAAACUACCAGCAGAAUAUGAAGCUCUGGUGAAGAAACACGACCCUGAGCACAAGCAUCAUGACGACCUUAACAAAUUCUUGGAAAAAUACGCUCCUUAGAUUCUUCAAAGAAGUACAAAAGAAGAUAUAACUCAUAACUGUUUGGUAAAAUUAGACUGAGUCGUAAGUGAUUUGCAAUAAAAUUUAAUGGCCAUAAAGAGUAGUACAUCUACGUACUUUUCUCUGUAAUCUCGUUUUUAGGAUGAAUAAAUUUGCAGCAUUUGAAAUAAUAUUAUAAG